UCCUUCUCUAUACUUCCGGUCAGUGACACCUCAUUCUAUGUUGUGCUGCUCAGUUGAUAAGUCUACCGUGUUGGUCGUAGUGGACAUUUAAAGACUGCUGUAGUAUCAGCAGACCAGGGACACUUUGGGAGGAUGCGUGGCUGUACAAUAACUAACUGCAUAGGAGUGUUAAAAUGAAGAUAAGGUAGAAAAGGGUGAAAAAUCGAGGGCAGCAAUGUUGAAUAAAAGAAUUCUACAAGAAGAUACCAACAAUCAACUGUGUUAGCUGCAAUAACCUGUGUCUGGUAUUUAUUAGUCUCUGAAGAUAAUAAUCAUAUUUAAGGAGAAAAUUAGUUGUAAUAUGAUUAAUAUUGGUGAGAAGUAGUUUUUCUCACAAAUUGAACAAUUUCAGUUGACACAAACUGUUUCAUGGAGGUAAAAGAGCUGACCAAAGGAUUGUUUCUUUAAGGACAUUGCAAAUUCAAAAUCAACCGAUACACUUGAAGAGAUUUAAUACCUCAGGAGAGUUUUAUUGGAAGAAACAUUUGUUCUAAUGCAAUUGUCUUCAUGGUACAAAAACAGAGAAGCAAUUGUCUGUUAAAGCUGUAUCAUUUCAAUAAUGUUUGAGACUGAAGAGAAACCAUACAGAUGUGAUGUUUGUGGAGAACUGUUUACUAGUAAUGCUAACUUAACUUCUCAUAAACGAACUCACACAGCAGCAAAACCAUUCCAGUGUGACACAUGUGGAAAAGCUUUUUCAACCAGGAGUAGUGUAUCACGACAUCAGGUUAGUCACACUGGAGAAAAACGAUACCGCUGUGAUAUUUGUGGGAAGGCAUUUUCUUAUAACAGUGGAUUAAGAGCUCAUAUACAUAUUCACACUGGAGAAAAACCCUACCAUUGUGAUGUCUGUGGUAAAUCAUUCUCGAGUAGCAGCAUUUUAUCAGAUCAUAGUCAUAUUCAUAUAAAACCAUUUCGAUGUGAUAUCUGUGGGAAAGGCUUCUCACGUAAAAGACUUUUAGUAUUUCAUAAAGAUAAACACGCUGGGAGAACACGAUAUCAUUGUGAAUUCUGUGGAAAAUCAUUUUAUGUAAAGAGUCAGUUAUCUGUUCAUAAAUUUAUUCACAGAGGGACUCAGCCAUAUUCCUGUGAUAUUUGUGGGAAAACUUUUCCAAAAAAGAUAAGAUUGACCUACCAUAAAAUUAUUCACUCAACAGAAAGACCAUAUAAGUGUGAUAUCUGUGGGAAAUGUUUCUCACGAAAGGCUUACAUGAAAUGUCAUAGACUUACACACACAUCUAAGGAAUACCAUUGUGAAAUAUGUGGCAAAGCAUUUUCUCACAGCAGUAACUUGGCAGCUCAUAAACGUCUCCAUACUGGAGAAAAACCAUAUCAUUGUGAUGUGUGUGGGAAAGCAUUUUCUCGAAAUUCUAACUUAUCUCGUCAUAAACGUUCUCACACUGGAGAAAAACCAUACCAGUGCGAAUUUUGUGAGAAAGCAUUUCAUAGAAAAUCCCACUUAGCAGAACACAGACGUAUUCACACUGGAGAAAGGCCAUACCAGUGUCAAAUUUGUGAGAAAACAUUUUAUAGAAAGGAUCACUUAGCAGAUCAUACACGUAUACACACUGGAGAAAAACCUUACCAGUGUGAAAUUUGUGACAAAGCUUUUUCCACCAGCAGUCAUUUAUCAGACCAUAUACGUAUUCACACUGGAGAAAAACCAUACCAGUGUGAAAUUUGUGGUGAAGCAUUUUCUAGGAACAGAAAUUUAUUACGUCAUAAACCUAUUCACACAGAAAAUUCGUGAAAAUGUCUCUUAAAAAAUAAAAUUAAAUGGACUUGCAAGAAAAUCUAUCUUUGAGUUUUAUGAAAUUUUUCUCAAAAUUG